AUGUCUUGCCGUCAAACAACGCUACGGAUCGACAGACCGGGCGAACCUUGUUGCAACGGUGGGACAAGAGCAGCCGACCCUCGUGGGGCCAUGUGCUGGUGCCACAAACUGCCCAUUCACCCUCGGGCAUAUCGGAAGAAACCAACAGCGGGCCAGACGGCUUGGUGGCUGCUCAUUGGGAGCACACAUGGGACGAAGCAUUGCGGCCUGCAGACAAAUCAUCCGCCGUCAAGCCAUGGUUUAGUGCAAUGCAAACUCGAUGGGAUGAUGUAUCGGCCCAGCCCAUUGGAACUUGGCGACUCCCGGGCCCGACGUCACACCUCGCCGGGCCCAUCCUCCGUCCGGCAGGUCUCGAAGCGCGUCGUCACCAACGUCCUAACCGUGCCGGGACACGGGCGCGUCGCUGUUGCCGACCACAACAGAACGCUCGGCGUAUUCUGCGGCACGAGGACGGCAGUUCAACUUGAUGCUAAAUUGCCGUGGCCCAUGCUCGAGCCCUAG